AUGUCUUCUUCUUCUUCUUCCCAAUCUCCAAAAUCCCUAGAUUCUCUCCUCCUCCAUCGCAAUGCGCUCUCUUCCCUCACCGUUGCUAUCCCUCCGAGCGAUCCACUUCCCGCCGCCCCUCUCCCUUCUUCUCUCCCUCCUUCCAAAUUCAUCCCAGGCACCCGCUUCCUCAUCGACGCCUUCCGCCACGCCGCCACCGUCCCCGCCCCGGCCGCCGCAUACUUCCUCUCCCACUUCCAUUCCGAUCACUACGCGGGCCUCUACCCUAAUUGGUCCCACGGCAUCAUUUUCUGCUCUCAAAUCACCGCCGAUCUCGUCACCAGAGUUCUGAGGAUCCCUAAGCAGUUCGUCUUCCCGUUGCCGUUGCGUGAGACGGCGCUCCUCGAUGGUUCCGAAGUCACUCUCGUGGACGCCAAUCACUGCCCUGGCGCGGUUCAGUUCUUGUUCAAGGUGCCGGCUAAGAGUUCAACAACAGGUUUUGAAAUGUAUGUUCAUACUGGCGAUUUCAGGUACAUCAGUUCCAUGAGUGAGGAUGCUCUGUUGCGUGGAUUUAUUGGUUGUGACGCUGUUUUCUUGGAUACUACUUAUUGCAACCCUAAAUAUGUGUUUCCGGCUCAGGAUGAGGCUGUUGAUUAUGUAGUUAGCGUGAUAGAUAGUGUACGGAAGGAGUGCUUGGAUAAGAGGGUCUUGUUUCUUAUAGCCACUUAUGUUAUUGGCAAGGAGAGGAUUUUGCUUGAGACUGCAAGGAGGUGCAAAACGAAAGUGCUUGUUGAUGGCAAGAAAAUGGAGGUUUUGCGGGUAUUGGGGUAUGGGGAGACUGAGGGGUUUACAGAGGAUGUGCUUGAGAGUGAUGUCCAUGUCGUUGGUUGGAAUGUGUUAGGUGAGACUUGGCCUUAUUUUCGUCCGAAUUUUGUCAAGAUGGCAGAGAUUAUGGCAGAAAGAGGGUACUCUAGAGUGGUUGGUUUUGUUCCUACUGGAUGGACUUAUGAAGUUAAGCGUAAUAAGUUUGCGGUGAGGACUAAGGAUUCGUGCGAGGUUCAUCUUGUGCCAUACAGUGAACAUUCAAAUUAUGAUGAACUCAGAGAGUAUGUGAAGCUUUUGAGACCUAAACGUGUUAUUCCUACAGUUGGUGUGGAUGUUGAGAACCUUGACAGCAAACAAGUUCAUAAAAUGCAAAAACAUUUUGCAGGGUUAGUUGAUGAGACUGCCAACAAGAAAGAUUUCUUGAUGAAUUUCCUUCGUGGUUCUACUGAGAGUAAUGAGGAAGGACAGCUAGAUGUGGAGCCUUCUGAUCCUAUAGCUGUUGAAAAUGCAGUUCCGCUAUCCAUUUCAAAUACCUUGGAAAAUCAGAAAGGGUCUGAUUCACUAGAUGUAGCUGUGCUAACUGAAGAGGAAACACAGAGACUAAUAAAGGAAUUGAGUGACUGUUUGCCUGUAUGGGUUACCCAUGACCAAAUGUUACAUUUGCUUGGCAGAUCAGGGAGAAAUAUAGUUGAAGCUGUUUCCAAUUUCUAUGAAUGUGAAACAGAAUUCCAUGAGCAGGUAGUUUCUAGCAAGGCUUCCGUCUCUUCGUCCCAUACUGAUACACAGAAUUCACAUGAUGUACUUCUAACGCCUGAGUCCACCUGCAACACAAUUAACCGAGGGAGUUCAGUCAUUGCUUUCAGUCAAAAAUUCAAGCCAUCUAAUGUGAAGUCAUUAAGUAGUGGCUCGUCACCUGGAAAAAGGAAGAGGAAAAUGGAUGUCAAGGCCGGGAAAAAAGCUAAAAGUAGUUCUAAGGUCCAAUCUAGUGGUUCAAAGCAAUCCACCAUCACUAGAUUCUUUAGUAAAAGUUUGCCUAAUACUUCUGAAGACAGUAAGAAACAAACAAUUUCUGAAGAAGUCCCUGGAAACGGGAACUUGUUGGUUGAUGAUGCUCCAAACUUGUAUGGACAGGAGGUAGGCCAGUUUGUUCAGAUAACUGGUGUUGAUGAAUCAUUUAGAAGCUAUGCUGCCACCAUUCUGGAGAGGACUAAGGGGGACAUUAAUAAGGCAUUGGAUAUACAUUAUGGUAAACCUGAGAGUAUUCCUGGUAAGGAUGUUGAGACCUUGGCAGUGUCUGACAAAUUGGUUCAGCCCCAGAGUGUUACUAAUGAGCGGUCUUAUGCCCAGGGUAACAAGUCGCUGCAAGAAGCAGGAGUCGGAUUUGCUCUAUCAGUAAAGGAACCAGCAGUACCAUGUUCAGAUGCUACUCUUAUGUCACUUCCCCCAGAAAAAUAUGACCCCAUAAAGCAUGCUUGCUGGAAUGUUGGCCAACCUGUUCCAUAUAUUCACCUUGCACGAACCUUUGAUUUGGUUGAAGCUGAAAAGGGGAAGAUUAAGGCCACUUCUAUGCUGUGUAAUAUGUUCAGAAGUAUACUGGCUUUGUCUCCCGAUGAUCUGUUGGCUGCUGUCUAUCUUUGCACAGACAAAAUUGCCGCUGACCAUGAAAAUGUGGAAUUAAAUAUUGGGGGCAGCUUGGUCACGUCUGCAUUAACAGAGGCAUGUGGACCUAGUGCAUCUGAAAUAAGGGAGAUGUAUAAUAACGUUGGGGAUCUUGGUGAUGUGGCUCAGAGAUGCUGGCAAACAAAAAAGAGACAGAAACUACUUGCUCCUACUCCUCCCCUUCUUAUUCGAGAUGUUUUUUCUAGUCUUCACAAGAUAAGUUCACAAACAGGCAGUAAAAGUACUGGUCGAAAGAAGAGCCUCAUUGUGAAUUUGAUGUGCGCUUGCCAGGAGAAAGAAAUGAAGUUUCUUGUGAGAACUUUGGUAAGGAACUUACGGAUUGGAGCAAUGAUGAAAACUAUACUACCUGCUCUGGCCCAAGCAGUUGCAAUGAAUUCCUUCCCUAGCUCCGCAGACAAACAUAGUGCUUCACACAUAAAAGAGAUCCUUCAGGGCCUUUCUACAGCAGUAGUUGAAGCUUAUAAUAUACUUCCUAACCUGGACAUGCUAGUUCCUUCACUCGUCAAGAAUAGCAUUGGCUUUUCCUCGUCUACUUUGUCUAUGGAUCCUGGGAUACCUAUUAAACCCAUGCUCGCCAAAAUUACAAAUGGAGUUUCUCAAGUGCUCAAGUUAUUUGAAAAUAAAGCAUUUUCAUGCGAAUUCAAGUAUGAUGGUCAACGUGCUCAAAUUCACAGACUAUCCAAUGGAACUAUCCGUGUCUUUUCACGAAAUGGAGAUGAAACGACAUCAAAAUUUCCAGAUCUAAUCAAUAUAGUGGAUGAAUCCUGUAAUCGAACAGAGGAUACUUUCAUAAUUGAUGCAGAGGUUGUUGCAGUUGAUAGGAAAAAUGGAUGCAAGCUCAUGUCCUUCCAAGAACUGUCUUCUAGAGAAAGGGGGAGCAAAGAAUCCUCAAUUACAUUGGAUAGUAUUAAGGUGGAGAUCUGCGUGUUUGUCUUCGACAUCAUGUUUGCUAAUGGAGAACAGCUGUUGAAAUUUCCUCUUCGUCAAAGGCGGAAAUGUAUGUAUGUGCUUUCAUGUCCUGCAUUGUCACACUGCUUGUAUUUCUCUUUCGUAUUUGAUAAUUUAUGUUUCUAAUCGUUGGUAUUGAUAACUGGUUUCUGAUUUGACACUAGACUUGAGAGAUUUAUUUCCUGAUGAGAGGCCAGGUUAUUUUCGAUAUGCAGAAGAAAUGACGGUUGAGCCAAAUGAUGCUUGUUUGGGCAAUGAAUCAAUCUUAAACAGGAUGAACACUUUCCUUGAAGAUGCAUGGCAAUGUUCGUGUGAAGGAAUCAUGGUGAAAACUCUAGAUGUCGAUGCUGGAUAUUCUCCAUCAAAACGUGCUGACAGCUGGUUGAAGGUGAAACGGGAUUAUGUGGAAGGUUUGGGUGACUCGCUUGAUUUAGUACCGAUUGGUGCUUGGCAUGGAAACGGAAGGAAAGCAGGAUGGUACAGUCCAUUCCUCAUGGCGUGCUACAACCCUGAGACUGAAGAGUUCCAAUCCGUUUGCCGUGUCAUGUCUGGUUUCUCAGAUGCCUUCUACAAAGAGAUGAAAGAGUUCUUUACCGGCGAUAGAACACUAACCAAAAAGCCACCGUAUUAUCGAACCCUGGAAGUGCCAGACAUGUGGUUUUCAGCAGAGCUUGUGUGGGAAAUCAGAGGUGCUGACCUGACAAUAUCCCCAGUUCAUCAAGCCGGGGUAGGUUUGGUUCAUCAGACGCGUGGCAUCUCAAUCAGGUUCCCUAGAUUCGUCCGAUCAGUGGGGGAUAGGAACCCAGAAGACUGUAGUAGUGCUGCUGAUAUCGCUCGGAUGUUCAAUGCUCAACCGCGCAAAAUGGACUUGACUAGUGGGAGUUAGAUUGUGUAUCAUCUUCCAACUUGUACAGUAGAAAUGUUCUUCUCUGGCUUUGUGGUUAUCCUUUUGUGUUUUGGAUCCUGAUCUGAAACCAGGAUGUCAGCAUUGUGAAGCUGGCACGAGAAGUCGUCGGAGUUCAGGAGUUGAUUGUAGAAGGAUCUGCGUUUAGUCUCUGUGUAGUCUUCCGGUUAAGACGCAAUGACGCAUGUAUUAAGCAGUCCGGUGAAUCCGUAAUGUGUGGUGUUCAGGUCUGUUUGUACUUUACGCCUUGCGGAUUACGGUGAUGCCUCAAGCAACAAUUUCAAUUAAAUAGCACGGUUUCUUGUUUAUGUCUGGUUCAUCCAAAGAACUUGUCAAACUAAAAAUCAACUAUACAACUAAUUAUGUAUACAAAUUCAAAUCUUAAUUCAU